AUGACAAACGAAGUAAAGAAGCAAAAAAUGGAAGCAAUAAGCGGUGCUAUCCAAAUGAUAUUUGAUCCAAUGAAAUUCAUUGUUAUAAGGCAAAGGGGAUGUCUUAUUUUCGGGGUAAGUUUGAAGACUCAGCGCCAGCUGACGCUUCCCGCGGCCCGUGCUAAGUGGCGACGGGGACGGGAAAUGGCCCGAGUCCUCGCACCAGCGCUCCCUGCGGUCGCGCCGAACGACGAAGAAACUAGGCAAUGGACAAUGGCUAGCAGAGGGUUGGGAUGCGCCUUAGGCCUCAUCUAG